CUUGGCUGUGCUUCUUGUAAAAAACAAAUUUUGGGCAAGUGCGUGCGGGUGUGGCCAGCGCUAAAAAGUAACGUAGCUCCCGCAUCCUGGAAUGAAAAUUUUGAAGGCUUUCACUAUUUGUAACUUUGAGAUUGGAACCCUUCGCCGUAGAAAUCCCGAUCCUCUGAGUUCUGAGUCUGCUGCGCCGACAGGAUUUAUUGAGCUUCAAAUGAUCCAUGGGGAUGGCACUCGCAAGGCCGCCUGCGAAGCCGUCUCUCUCGAUCGUUUCGAUUCGCUCCCUGCCUUGCAGGUUCCGCCAUUCCAUGAUGGUGAUGUUUCUUCUCCUUCUUCACGGUACUCGUCAUGCGGAGAGUCCGAUUUCGAGCGCUAUUGUAGCGCGAACUCGGUCUUGGGCACCCCAAGUGUGUGCAGCACGAUUACUGUUUUCAACGAUUUUACGGAACAUGACAAAAAUGAUCUGGAGAAUUUUAGUUUAAGAGAUGGAAUUGGUAUUACGAGCCAGGAUCAGAGGAUUUCAUCCACUGGUGCGUCGAGCAGAACGCCAUUUUCACGAACUGGGAUUCGCAGCGAUGAUAUCCAGACUCACCAGAACUUAAAAUACAGCUCCAUUGCGUUAGAAUUGUAUGAUGAUGACAAUGACGAUGUGCGUGCUGCGCCCAUGCUUCGUGCAACGGGUCUUAUGGGGACCAACCAGUUGGGCAAUAAUUUGGACCGGAGUUCCAUCCGUAAAGGUUCUGAAAUGUGUGAAGGACAAUCAUUUGAGAACCUUGAACCAAUAGUGCCUUCUGCAAAUUGUGAAAUGAGGAAAACAUUAGACAGUUCUUUCACCUCGCCAAAUCUCUGUAAGAAAAGUCCUGUGACAUCAAAGAUGAAGGAUUUUGAGCAGCAUGGAUUGUAUGAUGAUGUUCAUGAAAUGGAAGAAAGUUUACUAGAGUCUAUUGAUUUCGCUGGGUCUAGGCUUGGUCAGAGUAAUAGAUUUCGUGAACCACAAUUGUUUAAGCCUUUAAGAGACGGCGGGUUGACAGCCUCAACUUCUGGCACAGAUGGUGCUUGCCUGCCUGUUCAACCUCCAAUGAGAUUAGAUAGGGUUAAAGUUGUAGGUGCAAGGCAGAAGAGUGGAGAUGUUUCUUUCAGCAGGAGAUUGGUGGGGAUAAAGGAAUACACUGUAUAUAAAAUGAAAGUGUGGAGUGGCAAAGAGCAUUGGGUGAUUGAAAGACGAUAUCGUGAUUUCCUCACUCUCUACCAUUGCAUGAAAACCUUAUUCACAGAGCAAGACUGGGAUUUACCUUCCCCUUGGUAUGCUGUAGAAAAAGAAACUAAGAAGAUAUUUGGAAAUGCAUCUCCUGAAGUUAUUGUGCAGAGAAGCAUUCUCCUUCAGGAGUGUUUGCAAUCCAUUCUUCAUAUCAGACACUUUUCUUGUCCUCCAAGUGCAUUAAUUUGGUUUUUAUCCCCUCCAAGUGCAUUGAUGUCUGGCUCUUUUACAAGUGUGACAAUAGAAAGAAAUUAUUCCACUUUAGGGAAAACCACGCCAUUUAUAUUUGAAAUUCCUCCAUGUAAAUCCAUUGAACAGAUGUUGGCAGCACAACGUAACUGUUGUGCUGGAUGCCACAGGCAUUUUGAUGAUGGAACAACUUCGAUCUGGGAUAUUUUACAGAGGUUUGGAUGGGGCAAACCUCGACUCUGUGAAUACACUGCUAAAUUGUUUUGUUCUUCUUGCCAUACAAAUGAGACUGCAGUCUUGCCUGCGAGGGUUUUGCAUCAUUGGGAUUUUACUCCUUAUCCAGUUUCUCAACUGGCAAAGUCUUACCUUGAUUCUAUAAAUGACCAGCCCUUGCUUUCUGUCACUGCAGUUAAUCCCAUCGUUUUGUCAAAGGUUCCAGCCUUACUCCAUGUUAUAAGUGUCAGGAAAAGGAUAGGGACUAUGCUUCCAUUUGUUCUCUGCCCAUUCCGGAGGUCUAUCAGUAGUGCGCUUGGAGUGCGGAGAUAUCUUCUAGAAAAUAAUGACUUUUUUGCUCUGAGAGAUUUGAUUGAUCUUUCCAAAGGAGCCUUUGCUGCACUUCCUGGCAUAUUGGAAACAGUGUCAAGGAAAAUCCUAAAACACAUCAUUGACCAAUGUAUCAUAUGCUGUGAUGUUGGAGUACCCUGCAGUGCCCGACAAGAUUGCCGUAACCCAUGUUCUCUUAUUUUCCCUUUUCAGGAAGACGAGAUUGAAAGGUGUACAACUUGUAAGUCAGUUUUCCACAAGCCUUGCUUCAGAAAGGUUCUCAGCUGUUCUUGUGGAGCUCACCAUAACAUAAGCAACGGUGAAAGGCCAGUGAGGGAUUGGUGAAACAGUAAACUCGGCUCUGGCUUCGAUCAAGAGUAUUCAUAGGUCAAUUUUUUGGUUGUCAUUCUUUGUAACGAGUAUUGAUGUGAUAUAUAUGCUUCUUCAGUUUUCUUUCGUAUGUUAUUUCCCGUUCAUGUAAUUCAUGUCUGUAUUCUUUCACUUAUUGAAUAGAGAACUCGAGUUUCUCCACCGGGA